AUGCGCUGUGAGUUUAUGUAUGCAGGCUGUAUACGCAAAUCAAAGAUAUCGGCAAGGUAUGGAAAUGGAAUGGUGUAUGGGUCGAUGUCGAAUGUGAUAGUGACUGACGAGAGAAGGGUGUUGGAUGUGAUUUAUCUUGAUGGAGAGGUGAAUGCGUUGGAAAGCGAGCAUGGGAUGAUAGUUGUUGGAGAUUGCAUAGGCAAUGGAUAUGUGAUAGGCAAUACGAGAAGCAUAACGAGCAGGUGUGAGUUUGGAGAUUGUAUAGUUGCGGUUGGGAUAGUUGAUGCAGUGCAGGUGAUGUUUUGCACGAUGUUUAUGAGUUAUGUUUAUAAUGUUGCUUCUGCAGAAGUAAAGCACAGCAUUGUGAAUCGAUGGAUUCCCACGUGCAUAGCAUCAUUGAAUGGGAAUGCUUUUGUUGGAUGCAGAGAUGGCCGAGUGAUUGUUCUUGACGGAGGCAAUCAGUUUGAUGUUGUAGGAGAGGUGAAUGCGCAUGAGGACAGUGUGCAGGACAUAAAGUCGACGAUGAUUGAUGGGAAGGGGCAUGUGAGUACUGCAUCGCAAGAUGAGACAGUGAAGAUCUGGAGGAUUUGCGCAGGAGGGAAGAGUGUUGAGCAUAUUCAGACUCUGAAUGGACACAGUGACUGGGUGUUUGGGCUUUUCUGGAAGGAGGAUGGAGAUUUGCUGAGUAGCUCUGGAGAUUGCUCAAUAGUUCAUUGGAAGAGGCAGGGAGUGUGGAUGAACGAGAUGAGGUAUGGCGGAGAGAAAAUGUUCCUGAAUGUUCUAAUGAUUGGGCAGUUUAUAAUUGGGCAGUCGUAUACGGGUGGAUUUUACAAGUUUGGAGAUGAGCUUGAGGAGUUUGUUUCUGGGCAUACGGAUGAGGUGCGAUCGAUUGACUGGAAGGAGUCGUUUGUGCUCACGGGAUCGUUUGAUAUGACGUCGAGGAUAUUCUACAGAGGAGUUGAGGUUGGAAGGCCGCAGACACAUGGAUAUGCAGUGACGGCAGCAAGGUUUUUGAACAAGAAUGACUUCAGCAUUGUGAGUUCGGCGCAGGAGACGAUACUUCGGGUGUAUGAGCCGACGCAAGUGUUUUACAUGUGCUGUGUGUAUGCAGAAAGCCGAGACGAGGAUAUGUCUGAUUUGGUUGCAGGGCUACGUGUUGGGAAGGGGCAAAAAGAUAUAAGGAGUGAAUGCAGCGGAAGUGGAGAGGCAAGGCUGCAUGAAAGGAAGUGCGUAGGCGAUUUUUUUGAAAAUGUUGAUGAACUGAAGAUGGCAGCGGUUCCUGCUGAGCUGUCGCUGACGAAUGAGGUGGUGUCUGAGUUUGAGUUUGAGUGUUUGAAUGAGCAGGUGUUGUCUGUGAGUGUGUUUAAUGAGACCAAGAAGGUAUAUGGGCAUUACUUUGAUGUCAGUGAUGUUGCGGUGAGUGAGAGUUUUGUUGUUUCAUGCAACAGAUCGCUUCUUAGGAAGUAUUCGGGGAUUUUUGUGUGGAACAGGCUGUUUGAGAAGAUGAAGUAUAUUGAGGAGCAUGAUUAUGGAAUAGAGAGGUUGAGGUUUUCAUGGGAUGGAAGGUAUCUUGCAGCAGCUUCUAAGGACAAGAGCGUAUCUGUUUAUGCGGUUGGAGAUGAGAUAAGGAGGAUUGGAAGGCUGAAGGAUCACAAAAGAGUGGUAUGGGACUGUGCAUUUAGCAGAGACUCGAGAUACCUUGCAACAUGUUCUCGGGACAAGUGCCUGAUUGUUUAUGGAAUGCCUGGGAUUGAGAAGCGAUUGAGCAUGAAAUUUCAUUGCGAAGUGACUUCGAUAUGCUUUUCACCGGUGAUGGAUGUGCUGGUUGCAGGCCUUGAGUCUGGAGAGGUGGUGGUGAUUGAUGUAUCUGAAGGAGGGCUGAAUGUGUUGAGCAGGAAAAGAGAGCACAGCAGGAAGGUGAAUGUGGUGAUGUUUAAUCAGAAUGGAGACAGGUGCGCGACGGGAGGGGCAGACGGGCUUGUGAAAGAGUUUGUGUUUGAGAGAUAA